UGGUUGUUCUCAACAGAAAAUGGCGUCACCGUUCGUUCUGGCUGUGCAACCGGGGAAAACGCACUUGUUCCGAGCGCUUAAAUCGGAGCGAGAGUUGACUCGGACUCGCCACGACCGUCCGCGGAGAUAGAGCGAAUCCACGGGCCUACUUGGGAGCGAAUAUGGCACUUCAUAACAAAACACCGAAGAGGAGAGGACGCGUAAAGGCGGAAGGGUCACCAGACCUGUGCGCCAAAGCGGCUUCGGGAAGAUGGCACAGCGCCGCAAAGCGCAGCAUUUUAUCGUUCGGACGUGCCCUAUAAUCGCGCAAAUCCUCUCGAGCGUGUUCGGUUUGUGACACUUUAAGGACGCGAUUUCAUAUUUUGCUGGGUUUGGGUUCGGAAAGCACUGCAAGUUAGUGGCAACGUCGUCUUUUGUAUCAGGCUCUCGCCUCAGCCCGCCUUUACGCCGCACUCGCUCCCUGUUCAUAAAAGAGGCCUCUGAGAUGGAGGCUACUAACAGCGAAGAUCAGGGAAGCCGGACUAGUGACAAAUGCUGCCAGACUGAGACCCUUCAGGCCUGCUGUUGCCAAACAACAGAAACCCCUCAAGAGCCUUGUGGCAAAAAUCCAGUCCAUUCGAUUGAGCCCGGUGAUCCACCCCUGCUUCAGCAGCAGCUCCAGACCUCCAAGUCGGGAAUUCAUCAAAUCAUUGAGUGUUUUCGCUCAGGUACAGCUCAACUCAAACACAUGCUGCUGAAGGAGGUUGACACCAUAUUUGAGUGCAAAAUCUGUCGAAGUCUGUUCCGUGGUCUACCAAAUCUGGUCACUCACAAGGAGCUCUACUGCUUUUCCCGACAACCUCAGUCAGAUGAGCCUUCACAAGGUGGGCAGAGCCAAGCUAUCAAAGAACUUCUUCAAGCCAUCUAUCCACAGAAAGACCAAGAAAAACAUGUCAUUCAGCUGGAGGCCAUUGAGACGAACCCUAAUGCCGUAUUCCAACAAGUGGCACUAGUGGAAAUUCCUGACAUGCCAGAAAACCCAGCCCCUACACCCCAGACUAUGAUCCCGGUACCUGUGAAGAAAAAUCAACGCAAAUCUAUUUUGGCACCCAAAAAGGUCCAACAGUCAGAUUUUGAAGACGAGAUGGAAUCUGAACCUGAAGAACACGAGAUGGAAUCUGAACCUGAAGAACCUCCUGUUAAAGAAGGUCAGAGCUGCGAAGAGCAAAUAAAGAUUGAGCCGGUAGAAGGGGAGGAAGAAGAAGAGGAGAGUGCCACCUCUGAGGUUAAGGAGAUGAGGAUCUCUUGCUGCCUCUGCGGAAAAGACUUCAGCUCCAGACGCAGCGUACGACGCCACUGCCGGAAGAUGCAUUGGCAGAGGAUGGAGGAGUUACGCAAAUUUACAGAGACGCGCACAGUGCCUACCAGCCUGCUGUCUAUGGUGAAGGAUAAGCAUCCUGUUGAACCACCAUCUUCUCCUGGGAAGAGUUGCCCAGUGUGCAAAAAGUCCUUUGCCACCAAGGCCAAUGUUCGUCGCCACUUUGACGAGGUCCAUCGUGGUUUGAAGCGGGAUUUGAUCACGCCGGACAUUGCCACAAGACCAGGCCAGCCUCUUUUACUUGACACUCGUCCUCCUUCUCCAGCGAAAGCACCAAGCUCUCCUCUGAAGCAAGACAAGACACAGUACAACCUGACAAAUUGUCGCUGCAAGCUGUGCAAACGCAAGUACAGCUCCCAACUAAUGCUUAGGCGGCACAUGCGAAUCGUUCAUAAGAUGCCCAUUCUAGAAAACAGCUCUCAGAAGGCCAAAUCAAAGCACAAGAGAAGAGAUAAGUUUUACCCCAAGAAAGAGUCUCUCUCGAAAGCUUCAGAAGAUGAUGGAAACCACGAUGUGAGUUUUGACUUUAAGAGGAUCUACUGCUGGUUGUGUAAACGUCAGUUCAGUACCAGUCAGAACCUGAGCAAGCAUAUAGCCGAGCUGCACACCGAUGGAAACGACAGCAUAUACAUCAAGUUUUACCGAUGUCCCAUCUGCAGAUACGAGUCACGCCGAAAGCGCGAUGUCAUCCGCCAUAUCACAGUGGUGCACAAGAAGUCAUCACGUUAUCUGGCUAAGGUUAUGCCUGCCUUGGAGAACCAGGCAGUGAAGAAACCAGCUGAUGCAGUCUUCAGCAGUGCAACCAAGAAAACAAAUUCAAAAGAAGAGGGUAGCGGGGAGCAUAAAACGCAAGACCCACCAGCUUCUCCUAAAAGUUGUCAACAAGAUCCUCUUGUAUCUUCCAAAGCGAAGAAACAAGAUUCCCCAACAUCUCCAAACACUCGAAAGCAUUCCGCUCUAUCGUCGCUCAACACAGGCAAACUCGAGUCUCCACUUACACCACAAGACAAGAACCUUCAAAUGUCCAAGAACCCACAUGUCACUCGCAGUCAUAAUGUUAUCAAGGGGCCACCCAUCACCAGAAGCCAGGAGACCUGCACGGAGGUUAGGGUAACGAAAAACUUUUCCCUUCAUGCCUGCGAUAUGUGUGGCCGGGCAUUUGCCAAAAAGGUUUACCUGGAGACGCACAGGCGGAGACACAGGACUGCCAUCGCAAGUGGGGACAAAUUACAAGGAAGAAGCACUCGAUCAAAGGCCCUCAUUUGACUGAUUUUUCUCUGAAUACGUAGCACAUUUGCACUGGAUUCCAUGGAUGGGUUUAUCUCCAUGAGGAAGGGAUAUGGACAGACUUGUGGGUAGAAAACAGGAUAACCUUUGCAUAAAGGGUCAAAAAAAAACAAAAAAAAAAACGAAGUGCACCAAACAUGUUAUUCCAGCUUUUUACGCUGGAGGGCGCUGAUGUAAAAGAAUUGGUAUCCGCCCUCCAAAAGGAGAUUGAUCUUCAAUUGAUUUUGACUGAUUGACAAAGUAAAACAACUCUCAAAAUGAAUUUUGAUUAAUUUGUAAACGGAUUAUACCACUAUUUUUUGUAUUCUCUCUGACAGUUUAAAAAUACACAAAGAAUGUUUCAUAAAUGGACAAUGGACAAGACAUAGGAGGUAGCUCUGUAUAUGUACAGCAUGUCUAACUAAUGUUAAAUAUUCAUAAGUAGAUAAAUUAAUGUAACUCUGCUUCAUAUUUUCCUGCCAUGUGAUCAC